GACACACCCUCACCUCCCCCCGCCCCCACACUGCCAAACCUCUCAUCCCUGUGGUCAUGGACACGCACUGCUUCCAGAAAGGGCCAGAGCCCUUGGCAGGAGGCAGCCCAACUGGGAUUAUGCCUCGGGUUUCUAAGUGCAUCUGAGCAAGUCAAUGAACAGUUCUCUGCCUCCAUUUCUCCAUCUGUAAGAUGGGUGUGAUACGAUGAUCUCAGAUCAGCGCUUAGUGGCAAACAAGUAAACUGCAGCUCUGCCUCUGCAGCUGAGGUGACAGCUGACGGCUGUCCUGUGUCCUCUGCCUGCUGGGGCAACAUCACCUCAGAGGAAGUGGGGAGCCCACUUCCUCAGGAACAGCCUGGGGUGGAGCAGACGGCAAGGUAACCAAGCCAGUGUGCCCUUGCCCGUGGGUAGAGAUGGAGGACCCUGAGGCACGGAAGCUUCCAGAGCUGAGCAGUCAUGACAUGAGGUGCAGGCUCGCUGAUGAGGACCUCAACGAGCCUGAGCCAUUCCUGGAGCUGGAAGAAGAGAUGGAGGGGGCCCCGGCUAGCGACUUGUACUCGGCACCCAACUCCUCGGGCCGCUGCCUGGAAGCCUUCGACAAGCACCACCUAUGCCACUGCAACGCCCGCUGCCCAAAGUUUGGAAACUGCUGCGAGGAUUUCGAGAGCCUGUGUGGCCAUGAGGGUUUCUCCCACACCAGCGAUGCCAUAACGAAGGGGGAAACGCAGAGCAUCUCUGAGAAGAUCUAUAGGGCAGAUACCAACAAAGCCCAGGAGGAAGACAUUGUUCUCAAUUGCCAAAAGUGCAUCUCGCCCUCGGAGGCCAGAGACCAAGUAGACCGCUGCCCAGAGCCGCUCUUCACGUAUGUCAAUGAGAAGCUCUUCUCCAAGCCGACCUACGCCGCCUUCAUCAACCUCCUCGACAACUACCAGUGGGCCGUGGGCCGCGGGGAGCACUUCACAGCCCAGCAGCUGGCUGAGCAGGACACCUUCCUCAGCGAGGUUAUGAAGACGGCCGUCAUGAAGGAACUCUACAGCUUCCUCCACCAGCAGAACCGCUACAGCACAGAACAGGAGUUCGUCAACGACUUGAAAAACAUGUGGUUUGGGCUGUAUUCAAGAGGCAAAGAAGACGGGGACUCAGGCGGCUUUGAACAUGUCUUCUUAGGUGAAGUCAAAAAAGGCAAGGUCUCUGGCUUCCAUAACUGGAUCCACUUCUACAUGCAGGAGAAGGAGGGCCUGGUUGACUAUUACAGUCACAUCUGUGACGGGCCUGGGGAUUCUUACCCCAGGGUGCUGGCCUUGCAGUUCAGCUGGGACGGCUACUACAAGGAAAUGGGUUCAGCUUUCAUCGGCAGCAGCCCCGAGUUUGAGUUUGCCCUUUACUCCCUGUGCUUCAUCGCCAGGCCAGGCAAAGUGUGCCAGUUAAGCCUGGGUGGACAUCCCUUGGCCAUCCAGACCUAUACCUGGGACAAGUCAACCUACGGAAAUGGCAAGAAGUACAUCGCCACAGCCUACGUGGUGUCUCCUACCCAAUAGAGCUUCGAGCUAGAAAGGGGCGUGAGGGCAGUGAGAGCUCUUGUCGGACUGAGAUGCUAUUUGCUCUGCGCUGGAGGGGGAGGGAAUGGAGGAGACUGGGAGGGACUCCCCAAUCCAGAAAUGCCCAUAUGAGAAAGAGAGAAAAUGAUACAAAUUAGAGAAACAGUCACAUCUUUGUCCUCCAGCAUUUUGGAAACAGAAGGUGGGGACCCUCAAUAGCUCUUUGCCCUGCUGGGAGGUGGAACCCUGAAUAAGUCCUUGAGGUCUCCAGGCCUCAUGUUUCCUUUUAAUGUAAAGGGAAGGGGUUUGCCCCAUUUCCUCUUUUGGGGGUUGGUGAGAAGGCAAACCUGAUGACAUUCUUACUGUGAAGAUGUUUUCAAUUGUUCUUAGGAAGAAUGGCUGAGAGAAAUUCAAGGUUACCCUAAUGGCUGUUAUGGUACACAGCUCUGCAAACUGUAAUCACCCCCAUACUGGGGCCUCAAAUAAAACAGGCUAUGGAGAUCAA